AACAGUUAAUUAGUUGUUAAUAACAAGAGUUACAUCACAAUAAAGCCUAUUAUGACAUAACUUAUGUGAUGCCAACAUCACAAUUGCUGGAUGUGAUGUCAUGGAUUCCUCCACUAUACAAGCUUAUAAAAACACCUUCAGACUAACUGGAUUCAGUGAAUUGCUGCCUAGUGCACAAUUAACACGGGAUAACUUAUGCUGUGAUUUUAAUUCUGUCAGUUGUAUUGCUAUGGGUCAGAAUCAUAGUGAAGCAGGGAAACUGGAGGCAGAAUUUCAGGUGUUUGACCAGAGCAAAUCUGGCAUUCAAAGAGUAGCCUGGGACAAACCUAAACCAGGCCAGGACAAGAACAAGAAGAAGAAAAGGAAGAAAACCAACAUGAGGUUUUCCCUCUUCGAAGACAUGAUGCUCCUGCUGUCAUGUUGUACCACAGUCACUGUGGUCAAAGAAUUUCACCCAGAACAGGAUAACGACUGUGUGUUUCACCCAGAACAGGGUAGCAACUCGGCCUGGGAAAUAAACCCUCUUGGCACAGAGACCAGCCACCCCUUUGGAGUCACAGGGUAUGAAAAAGGAGACAGUAUCAUUAAAGACAUGGAUCUGACAGGGAUUCUUCAAUGCAAGAAAAUAGAGCUCCUGGAACAAGAGAUUGAAAGACCAGUCAUUGAAGAAGGCCUUGAGUUACUGGACAUUGACAACUGUGAAUCUGGAGACAGAGGAGAAAGUCACUCUGAUGGAACUAUUCAAAAUGGCUAAUCUGCAACAGCCUUAGAAGUAAAAACGAUAGCAGUACUUGCAUAACUACCAGGCAUGAAGUUCUUUUUAAAACAUUUUCCAUGUUUAACUCUCCUUGUUGAAUUUUCAUUCUGAAUUGUCUAAGCUUGUGCCUCAGCAGAACACAGCCAGCUCUUUUAAUGUAUGUUUUAACAAGUAUGUGCUGUUUAUUUUGAUAAGCCUGGACCUUUUUUUUUGGAAAUACAGUGCUCCCUGCAGACCUAUUUGGAGUACUUUCAGAAAUUAUCAUAAAAAAAAACAAAACAUUACAUUGUUGCAUUUUUUUCUUAAAUAAAUCUUUGUCUAUGGAAAUAACA